AUGGUGCGUAUCAUUUCAGGACUACUGCUGAAUUUUGCUCAGUGCUGCAUGGAUGACUGACUGUUCGCUGGUCAAUCUUUUUUCUUGAAUCCUGAAUCGCUGAUGCUGGAUGGUGCUGGACUUUGUCUUCGCUGGAUGCUUGGGGUCGCUCCGAUGGUAUUGGGGGACUUUCCAAAUUGUUGGAAUCUACACUUGUAGGGUCGUGUCCGUACGAAGACCGUAAAGCGCGCAUCGCGUGUGCUCAUUGAGCGUUACUAGUGAGUGCUCUUUCAUAACAGCACGCAGACAGGCGACGACGUCUUUGGGUGAAAGGCAUGUUCGUGUGAAGGUGCAUAGGGAGCGGAGCAUCGACACAGGCAUUAAUCACCUCAGAUUAAGGCUCAAUUUGGUACUUUUAGCAAGACAGAUUGAAGUUCUGACCUCUACAACUUUGCCGCGCCCUUAGCCCUCGACUCAACGCUGUUGACUUCCACACCAACAAGCGCGUCAUCGAUGAGGUUGCCAUCGUGCCUUCCAAGCGUCUCCACAACAAGAUUGCCGGUUUCACCACCCACUUGAUGAGGAGAAUCCAGAAGGGACCUGUCCGCGGUAUCAGCUUCAAGCUGCAGGAGGAGGAGCGUGAGCGCAAGGUGAGUAGUCCAGCCUGAACCAGGGACAUCCCACACCCCCGCAGCUCCGCAUCAGAAAGCGAGAGAGAGCAGAGCGAAACUGACCUCAUUCCUUUCCAACAUGCAGGAUCAAUACGUUCCCGAAGUGUCUGCCCUUGACACCACCGCAUCCGGCGGUCUUGAGGUCGACCCCGACACCAAGGAGAUGCUCAAAUCCAUUGGCCUCGACUCUCUGCCCGUCAGUGUUUCCGCACCUGUCACACAGUUCCAAGCUCCCGAGCGCCGCGGUGGCCGAACUGUCGUUGGUGCGGGUCGCCGCUAA